CUCACGCCACUGAGUAGCCUACACCUUUGGAAGGAAUUUGUCUUCAAAUAGAAAUAUCCUGAUCUGGGGGAAUCGGUGGAAGCUCUGUGCCAUAACAUAGACAAGUGAAACUAAUCUCAGCAUGCUUCAUGCAACAGAACAGGAUGACCUAAUGUAAGAAUGUAGUGCAGUGGCAUGCAGCCUGAUGAAAAUCCCUGUGAUGAUGGAGACACCCAAAACUCCUAAAAUGUCAUGUCGGGUUAGUUUUAUUACACUUCUAGUACUGGAGUCCAGACUUUACCUGCUCCAUAACUCAACUGCGCCUGCGUCGUGCACCCCUCCCUGCUGGUUGCUAUGGUAACCAAAGUACGCACACGCGGCUACUUUCUACAGCAACUGGACUAAAGUACAAAACAACGCUAUGCUAGGUGAUGCAGUCUGUGGAGAUGGACGCAGAAGCCAGAACGGAGCCCGUUUCCUGUUCAGAGGCGACAGCAGACAGACACUUGCCUGAAAAGUCUCAGGAUAUUUCUCAUGUUUUGGAAACCCUUUUCAAAGACACUUACAGCAAAAAAGGAGACACUCCGAAUAACCUCAUCAAGACAAAAAGUGGCAAAAACAGCUAUCAUGACAGACACAUUGAAGAGCUUCAACAGGCUUAUGCAGCAUAUAAUGAAAGUAUGCAGGCAGUAGAUAUUCUGGAGAGUCAUAUUAUUCAGGCCCGAGCUAGGGCUGCAGAGAUUGAAGGCAAAGAGUAUGAGAAAAUGAAGGAAAACUUCUUAGAUUGCUUUAAUGACAGAAAAAGUCUUAUCACAGUACAAUCAGUAUUUCCACAAUGUGUUGACAAAGACCUUCUUGAAAUGAACAAGCUUAUCUCUCCAUGGGACUACUUAAGUGUUCUGAAGCCUAAACCAUUACUAGAGGCUCCAGGAAAGGUCAAACCAGAUCCAACAAAACCAACAGUCUCCUACUCUAGCCACAUUUCUCGGGAGCCACAAGAUGAUGGUUACACAUUCAUUCCUUGUUCUAUUAACACUCCACAUAAUUCAGACAGCAUUACAGUUGAUCCAAGUUCAGAUGAAGCUAAAAAUAAGAAGACAAUGUCUCGUGAGACGACAAAAAUGACCAAACCUAAACCAAAAUGGAAGGGUGGGCCAAGUGCCACAGAGCGGACUGAGGGACAGGACACUAUUCGAAAAAUUAAAGAUCGGCAAAACUUUCUACGCAAUCCACGGUUCCUUCCUCCAAAUGCUCAGAUGUCACAAAUGCAGACCGGGUUUGAACAAAAAGGGACAAGCAAAAGUGAUGAUCGUCUUCAGGUCUUCCAGGCGAACCCCCCAGUACUAUUUUUUGUUGAAUACACAGUUGGACAAGUAUAUGAGGCAACACUAGAGUUGAAAAACAUGAACUCUGCAAGCCGCCAUGUUCGUGUCAUUCCUCCAACCACUCCAUAUUUUUCUAUUGGCCUUGGGAGAUUCCCAGGUGAAGGUGGCAUUGUGGCUCCAGGCAUGAGCUGUAAGUACACCAUUCGCUUUGCUCCAGACUCGCUGGCAGAUUUUCAGGAUUUCAUUGUUGUGGAAUCUCAGGCUGAAGAUCUCCUUGUGGUCCCAAUUGAGGCGCGGCGCCCCCCUCCAGUCUUAACUUUGUCAAGAGUUCUGGAUUGUGGAUAUUGUCUGGUUGGAGGUGUUAAGUUUGUGGAGUUUUUAUGUCAAAAUGUUGGUCUAAGUCCUGGAACCUUCUGCGUAAUUCCUAAACACCAGUGGCCAGCCUCUAAUCUCAGGUCUGUGUCCAAAACUCUGUUUACUGAGCAACCACCCUUUGCAGUCAACCCAUCACUCUUUUCUCUUCAACCCGGAGAAACCACUGUAGUCGAGGUUGUUUUCUUUCCGACCACUGUUGAAAGAACCUGUCAAGUCUUCACUAUCGUGUGUGAUAACUGCCAGGUGAAAGACAUUUGUGUACAAGGGGAAGGCCAGUUGAUUGCCCUGGAACUGAUUUCCGUAUCUGGAGACAGGGACAUUCCCUCUGCAGGAAAGCUGCAUGACCUCACAGCUGAGCACUUUGUGCAAUUUGGUCCAUGUAAUCCGAACUCCCUACAACAGAAGAAGAUUGUUGUCAGAAACAAUGUCCACCUGGAGCUGCCUUUUCAUUGGCAGAUGGUGAAGCCCAACCUGCAGCCCCUCCCAUCAGGAGAAGACACUGAGGCCUCGCAUGGAGAGUUUCUCCAGGACACAGAUGAUACUUUCCAUGUUAGUCCUGAAUCUGGGCUGUUGGGCCCAUGCCAGGACCAUGUGUUUUUGGUCACAUUCUGGCCUAGAGAGCUGAAAGAUUAUCACAGUGUUUGCCAUUUGGUCCUCAUGGAUAUUCCACAGCUGCAAUCAGACUCAAGCAUCCAACCUGUGCCCAAUGAAUCCAGUGAUGUCACUGGGAUGGAGAUCGAGGUCAAAGGGUCAACUGAGCCUUACCAAGUCCUGUUUGAGCCCUAUGGUAUUAUCAUACCAGGGGAGCUUCUUAUCUGUACCACAACUCACAAACAAUUCAAGAUGUGGAAUCACAGCAAAACUUCAAUCUCCUUUCAAUGGGAGAGAAUGAACAGUAGCUUUCACAUCAUGGAAGUACAGCCACCUAGUGGUCACAUUGUGGAAAAUGAGUGCUUUGAUUUAAAUUUAAUUGUGACUGGAGGGAAACCAGAAAAGGUGGUGACUAGUCUAAUCUGCCACAUUAAGCACCACUACGAACCAAUCUCUCUACCAGUGGAAGUUUCCUUUAAGGGUCCCACUGUUACCAUCUCUGUGCCGAGUAUUGACUUUGGGCUUGUGCGACUCGGGGAGCAGAGCCAAACCUCUUUACUUCUUUUGAACACCUCACAGCUGGAGGCCUCCUGGGCUCUAGGAGAGACGCCAUUACAUCAGAAAGAGCCCCGUGAGACUCAGAUUUCAGUUGAGCCAAACAGAGGUAUCCUUCCCCCAUUAAGCUCUGGAGUUGUGGAUGUAGUGUUUAGACCAUUCUUCUGCCAGCAACUUCAAACUGAACUGGAGCUGAAUGUGGAGAAUGGAACUGGAUGCCACCUGUCAGUACAAGCCAGUGUGCAGUCCCCACAACUGUGCCUGCUAAACUGUGAGCUGAUCCUCUCUGAACUUUACAUGGGAGUUACUACAGAGGCAACUGUGACACUUUUCAACCAGACACUGCUAGAUUCAAAUUUCAAGUGGAGGCCCCAACUGCAAGGAAAACAAGCAUCAUUAUGUGAGGCCACAUUUGUGCCAAUGUGUGGUACUCUGGGGCCUAAUGCCAGGAUGAAUAUAACAAUUAAAUUCACCCCACACACAGAUCAUGAACUAACUGAGGUUACAGCUCUUUGUGAUAUUGAGGACAUGAAAUCACCGCUUACUCUGAGACUGAAAGCUGCCAGGGCAAAGACUCUUGCUGUGUCUUAUUCUCUGGAUCCUACCAGUUUCCCAUCUGACUGGAGUUCCUCAAAACUUGUACUUAACUUUGGUGAUGACAUUAUUUUGAAGAGAGCUGUUAGUAGACGGUUUAAAAUAACCAAUGAAACGGCAAUUUCAGCCCCUUUCUCCAUUGCCCCUGAGUUUUUCAGUGGUAAAACCACUGACUCAGAUUGCCUAUCACAGAAAAGUUCAGCUCAUGCAAUGAGGCCACUUCAUCCUGCCCAGGCCAAAAAAGUAGAAGAAAAAACAUACAUGGAUUUUGUCAGCAGUCUGCUUGCCAGUGGAAAAGGAGCUGCAUUUUUUGUCAUGCCUGAUAAUGGGAUGUUGGGAGCAUUUCAGACACAGACCGUGGAUGUGACUGCCUACACUGAUAUGUGGGGAGAUUACACAGAUAACCUCAUAUGCAAAGUAGGAGAUCUUGAGCCCACACUUAUUCCUAUGCAGAUGGCAGUGAAAGGAUGUCCACUGUAUUUCCAGAUGACCGGUCCACGUGUAGAUAAUCAAAAUGAUGGUCCAAUAAUAAGGUUUGGCACCCAUGUAUCUGGUGGUGACACAGUUUCCCGUUCUCUUCACAUUAACAAUCCCACCACUUUUGAUAUUCGCUUGGAUUGGAAAACUUAUAACAUAGAUAAGAAUGAUGAUAAGCUGGUGGAUCUUGUGGUCACAUAUGGAGAAGCCUUUCCUGUUAAAGAUAUAGACGGCAAUGUGGUGUCUAUCGGACCAAGAGCCUGUGACAGGGAUCAAGCAUCAGACUGUGUGCUAACAGCAACCUCAUCCCUCCAAAGCCUGAUAACUUCUAUUGCAGAGGAGGAAGAAUGUCUAGCUGAGGAGGACUCUGAGAGCACGCUGGCCUGUUCACAUCCGUAUCAUGCAGAGAAGAAUCUAAUUUCAGUUCGAAUUAGGCCUCAUGUUGGGAAUCUAUCUGACUACCCAUACUGCAUCACUCCCCAACAAGUAGUUAUACCAGCAAAAGGAAGCAGGACAAUUUGUGUAUCUUUCACCCCACUCACGGGCUCUUCUGAAUCUAAAUGUGUGGGCAAGGCACUGGGUUUUAUAAGUCUAGACUCUAAGACAGCGAUAUGUGUGCCAGGUAAAGUUGGUCGUGUCCACGGUUUGGACUUGGAGCCUGUCAGAAUGUAUCUACAGGCAGUCGUUAAACCUGCCAAGCUGGUGGUACAGAUGGAUGAAGAUGAGGAGUUUCGUGUCUCAGCCAGUGAUUUAGUGAAACAAGAAUCUAACACAGAGCAAACACGUGAAUUUGACAUAAGCAAGAGCUUCAGGCUACACAACACCUUAGAGACGCCUCUGCAAUUUACGCUGAAGACACAGCCUCCGUUUUUAGUCCUCACGUCUCAACCCAAAACCCGCUCUAGUCCCUCCAGCAACCCCUCCACUGGUGACGGCAGCUAUGUGAUGUUACAACCACAACGAAGUAUGAAGGUGAAGGUUGCGUUCCACUGCUCUUUUGCCCUCAUGGACUUUGUGGAUUUAACAGAUGAUGAAAUGCCAGAGUUUGUAAAAAUAAUCAAGAAUUCAAAAGGAGAAAGGAGCUUGAGGUUUCACCAAACACUAAAUAUUCACUACAUCAAUGGUAGCACACAGACUGUGCCUCUUUUGGCCUACUUGGAUAUUGCUUCUCUAAGCUUGUCAAAUGAUAGUCUUGACUUUGGAUUCUGUGAUGUGGGCACAACACAAACGAAGGAAGUGAAAUUGUUCAACGUUGGAGCUAAGACCUUUUGGAACUCAGUUAUAAAGUCUGACAAAGAGGACUCGCACAUCUUUUGUGUAACACCUGAUUUCGGAGUCCUAAAAUCCAAAGACCUUAACUCUUCACGGCUCUGCCAAUGUCUGCAAGUCAGCUUCACACCUAGUGAGGACAGAGACUACAAAGCUGUGGCUGUUAUCCGCUCUCCUUUUGUGAAGACACCUCUCUUUAUCCAUUUGCAUGGCACUGGGUCCUUUAAUAGGCCAGAUCAGCUAUGAACUACUCAAACUCACUGUGUGCAUAUGACAUGUUUUUAUGUUUAUGUAUUGUUACUUGGUUUGGGUAAGAUGGUACCAUGCUUGCGGUAAACAUUUAGCUUUACAUCAGUCAAAUGGCAGUUUGUGGAAAAAGUUGAGAAGAAAAAUGCAAAAAAGCAGGAAGUAAUGGAAUAUCUAUACCUAUGUCAUCAAUAUGCAAGGAAUGCAUUUUUUCUAGCAGUUAAGUUAAACCUUAAUUUAAUAAAAUAAAAGUGUUGUCAUUUA